AUGGUUCUUGAAAAUAAAGUGGAUAAUCAAGAUAUCUCUGAAAUUCCCAGUCCAACAAAAGCGUCUGGAAUUGAGAAUAGAUUGAGAGGAAAUGAUGACCUUAACCAAAUGUAGAAAUCUAAUCGGAAGUACAUGAAGGUGACAUUGCAGACUAAAUAGCUGCUCUAUUAAAUGGUUCAGAUGGAAGGGAUAAAAAUAAAGGAAGUAAUGGAAGAUAUAAAACUUACAUAGGCUGCCAGAAUUCUUGGUAUCAAGUAUGCAACAGCCAAAACGAUAGUGUAUCACAGAAGACAAAAGCGAAAGGAGAGGGGGAAGUGCGGGCUGCGAAUGUGUGGUUAUACUGAAUUGGUGGAUAAUCGUGUUUCUCGUUUGCAGAUAAUUUCGAUAACUGGGAACGAUGCAAAGUAAUGCAAGGAGUACAUUCUGUGA